UAUCCGGUCGAAACCACAGCUAUGAGACGGUCAUACUGGACCACUCGCCCCCGCUGAAAGAACCCGUACUGAAAGAACUGGAACGAGUGUAUUCGCACAGUUGAUGCUCUUUGAGCUUCAGAAGCACCAACACCAUACACACGCCUUCUCUGCUCAGCAGAUUCAGAUGGUCGUAUAAAAUGAAAGAUAGUCCACAGGACAGCGCUGUGCUAGUGCAGCUAGAAACAUCCACCGCGAUUCCGUCUCGAGAGUUCGAUUUACAUGGCAAUAUGCUAUGCCUCACAGGCAACGAUUUUGCCCCACGCGAGCAAGGCCACCAUAGCGAGCGAAUUGCGUGUAGCCGGUGCUGUUCGGCGAUCGACGCCACUUUCCACAGUCGUAUCCUCAAUCGCAUGGUCAGCUCUAUGCCUAUCCUGCGGGACAGUUUUACGACCCAUUUCUCGAACCAUUCACUCCGGUUAAGGACGGUUUUACGACUCCAUUUCUGGAGCCGUUCACUCCGGUUGAGGCCAAUUUUACGACCCAUUUCUCGAACAGUUCACUCCGGUUGCAGUACCGUUCUUUGUGUGUUGUUUUCCCGGGACACUGGCUUUAGACAAUUGCCGAAAGCGAUCGAUGAUGGACGAAAGUACGUUAGACUCAUGUCCUUCUGCUCACCAGCGCUUCUUCAGUGCUCCGCUUUACCGGUUCGCCCUUUGGAAUUUGACGUUGGAGACUCAAUUCCCCUCGGUAACGCAGAUACACUAUCCACAGGCCUUGCCCCUACUAUGAAAGCGUCGGUACCGCUAUCUAGCAACCGCCAUCGCCACAGUACCUUCUGUAACACCAUCGGAGCUCAUCGACGAUCCGGGGCUAUUUCCUUCCAGGAUGGAAAGAGCUCCGAUUCAGAUGAUCACAGGUGUGGGAGGGUCUGCCAUCACGCGCAGCUCACAACGUCUGCCUCCAGUUACGCUUCACCGGCGGCAACACCAAGCCAUCCCCGGAUAUACGCAUCAUUGCCGGCAGUUGCUUUUCCCCUCCUACGAAAGCGUCGGUACCACUACGAAUAACCGCCAUUGCCACCGUGCCCUGAGUAACACCGGAGCUCAUUUGCGAACAUAGGGCUCAUCCCUUCCAAGAUGGAAAGAACUCCGAUUCAGAUGAUCACAGGUGUGGGAGGGUUCGCAAUCACGCACAGCUUAUAACGUCUGCCUCCGGGUACGCUUCACGACCAGCAAUACCAUCCGAUCCCCGGGUAUACGCAUCAUUGCCGGCAGUUUUGAACGUUUUCUU